AGCGGCGGCGGCGGAGGCUGCCGGGAAGGGCGGGGAGCUGCGAGCCGCCGGCCGUGGCGGCGGCGGAGCUUCCCCCGGGGCCGCCUCGGAGAAGGGGGAGCCCCGCACGACGCCCUCCAGCCCCCGGUCGGCGGGUGCUGCCGCAGCCGGGCCCAGCCGAGCCGCCGCCGCCAUGCACGACGCCUUCGAGCAUGUGCCGAUCCUGGAGAAGCUGCCGCUGCAGAUCGACUGCCUGGCGGCCUGGGAGGAAUGGCUCCUUGUUGGUACCAAACAAGGGCAUCUUCUUCUUUACAGGAUCAAGAAAGACAUGGGUUGCAAUAGGUUUGAAGUGACACUAGAGAAAUCCAACAAGAACUUCUCAAAAAAGAUUCAGCAGAUUCAUGUUGUUUCUCAGUUUAAAAUUCUGGUCAGUCUGUUAGUCCCGGCACUUCCGACUCCAGCAUGCGUAGAUUUCUGCUGCCUGCGUCCUCAAAAUAACAUUUAUGUCCACGACCUGUUGACAUUUCAACAAAUCACUACAGUUUCCAAGGCAAAAGGUGCAUCUCUUUUCACUUGUGAUCUUCAGCAUUCAGAUACAGGGGAAGAGGUGCUGAGAAUGUGUGUGGCAGUGAGGAAGAAGCUACAACUUUAUUUUUGGAAGGACAGAGAGUUCCAUGAACUACAGGGGGACUUCAGUGUACCUGAUGUACCCAAGUCUAUGGCCUGGUGUGAAAAUUCUAUCUGCGUAGGUUUUAAGAGGGACUACUAUCUGAUACGGGUGGAUGGAAAAGGAUCCAUCAAAGAACUGUUUCCAACGGGGAAGCAGUUGGAACCACUGGUUGCCCCUGUGGCAGAUGGAAAAGUUGCAGUUGGUCAAGAUGAUCUAACUGUUGUGCUCAAUGAAGAAGGGGUCUGUACCCAGAAAUGUGCCUUGAAUUGGACAGAUAUUCCUAUAGCCAUGGAGCACCAGCCUCCCUACAUCAUUGCUGUUCUGCCGAGGUAUGUGGAGAUCCGCACGUUUGAACCCCGACUGCUGGUACAGAGUAUUGAGCUACAGAGACCACGCUUCAUCACCUCUGGAGGGACAAAUAUUAUAUAUGUGGCAAGUAAUCACUUUGUUUGGCGGCUCAUCCCAGUGUCCAUAGCCACACAGAUCCAGCAACUUCUUCAGGAUAAACAAUUUGAGUUGGCUUUGCAGUUGGCAGAAAUGAAAGAUGAUUCAGAUAGUGAGAAGCGACAACAAAUACACCACAUCAAGAACCUCUUUGCCUUCAACCUCUUCUGUCAGAAGCGCUUUGAUGAAUCCAUGCAAGUUUUUGCCAAACUUGGUACAGAUCCCACUCAUGUGAUGGGUCUGUAUCCUGACCUCCUGCCCACAGAUUACAGGAAACAGCUACAGUAUCCCAACCCCCUGCCAGGGCUCUCAGGGGCAGAGCUGGAAAAGGCACAUUUAGCUCUGAUAGACUACCUAACUCAAAAAAGAAGUCAACUGGUAAAGAAGCUAAACGAUUCUGACCAUCAAUCCAGUACUUCGCCCCUCAUGGAAGGAACACCCACAAUCAAAUCCAAAAAGAAGCUGCUACAAAUUAUUGAUACCACACUAUUGAAGUGUUACCUCCAUACAAAUGUAGCACUUGUGGCACCCUUGCUACGUCUGGAGAACAAUCACUGCCAUAUUGAGGAGAGUGAGCAUGUACUAAAGAAAGCACAUAAAUACAGUGAGCUGAUAAUACUGUAUGAGAAGAAAGGUUUGCAUGAGAAAGCAUUACAGGUACUGGUGGAUCAGUCAAAGAAAGCCAACUCACCUUUGAAGGGUCAUGAGAGGACAGUGCAAUAUCUGCAGCAUUUGGGCACAGAGAACUUGCACUUAGUAUUUUCUUACUCUGUCUGGGUGUUAAGAGAUUUUCCUGAAGAUGGACUGAAGAUAUUUACAGAAGACCUCCCUGAAGUGGAAGCUUUGCCACGAGAUAAAGUGCUCAGUUUCUUGAUAGAAAACUUCAAAAGUUUGGCUAUUCCUUAUCUGGAACACAUCAUUCAUGUGUGGGAAGAAAUUGGUGCAGACUUUCACAAUUGUCUGAUCCAGCUGUACUGUGAGAAAGUGCAGGGCUUAAUGAAAGAAUAUCUCCAUUCUUUACCUGCAGACAAAACUCCGGUGCCUGCUGGGGAGGAAGGAGGAGACUUGGGGGAUUACCGGAAAAAACUUCUUCUUUUUUUGGAGAAGUCUAGCUGUUAUGAACCUAGUCGACUAAUUAGUGACUUUCCCUUUGAUGGUCUUCUAGAAGAACGUGCUCUGCUCUUGGGUCGUAUGGGGAAGCACGAGCAAGCUCUGUUUAUUUAUGUUCAUAUUUUGAAGGACACCAACAUGGCCGAAAACUACUGCCAUAAACAUUACGACAGAAACAAAGAUGGCAACAAAGAUGUCUAUCUAUCCCUUCUCCGGAUGUAUCUCUCCCCACCUAGUGUUCAUUGCCUAGGGCCAAUCAAGAUGGAAGUGCUGGAGCCUCAAGCCAAUCUGCAGGCUGCUCUGCAGGUGUUGGAGCUGCAUCACAGCAAACUGGAUACCACCAAGGCAAUAAACCUUCUACCAGCAAAUACACAGAUUAGUGAGAUUCGAAUCUUCCUAGAGAAAGUCCUUGAAGAAAAUGCCCAAAAAAAGAGAUUCAAUCAAGUACUCAAGAAUCUUCUCCAUGCUGAAUUUCUGAGGGUCCAGGAGGAGCGAAUUUUGCAUCAGCAAGUAAAGUGCAUAAUUACAGAGGAGAAGGUCUGCACUGUAUGUAAAAAGAAGAUAGGCAACAGUGCAUUUGCCCGAUACCCUAAUGCAAUAGUUGUGCAUUAUUUCUGCUCCAAAGAAGUUAAUACAUUGGACACCUGACCUUGUCAUGUUCCAUAAUACCAACACUCAUGCAAUUCCGAAGUGACGGCUUAAGAAGUUGAUACUUCUGAGAUUUUUGAGUCUUGUUUCUAGGUUCUCUUACACUGGGUAGAAGUAAUUUAUAUCUAUGGACUGACUGUACCUAUCUGGCUGUAUUGAUUUACUAGAAAUUGACUUUAACCAUGUCAUUAUCGUGCUGGAAACUACAUUGGACCUCUCGGAUGAAGAAUAGAAACUGAUCAGCAGUGAGCUUUGUAAUGCACUCCAACCUUGUGAGUUAACAGACAGUUGUAGGGUAUUCACAAGUCAAGCUUUAUUAUAAAGCUUACCUCAUUGGAGUAACAACAUUGUGAUUUGGUCUUAUAUGUAAAUAGUUCUUCAAAAAAAUAAAAUUCCUUUGAAGUCUUUGCA